AGAGCUGGAAUCAGCACCUCAUUUUCCCCUCAAGCACAGCCUGUGAGCAGCCAGCUGAUGGUGAGAGUGAGAAUCACUGAGGCAAAGUUACCGUGAGGGGAUGGAACAAGGCACUAGGACCUAGGAGGCGUCUCAUCCACACUGGCAGGAAUUUCUUGCUUGGAGCUCAGACAACAAAGGCAGAGUGAGCCUGGUUUUCUUUCUCUGAGCAUCUCCACCCUGCACGCUGAAAACCGCUUCAGAUCUUUAGGGCUCACCAAACUAUGGAACUUGAUUUUGGACACUUUGACGAACGAGACAAGGCGUCCAGAAACAUGCGAGGCACACGGAUGAACGGCUUGCCCAGCCCCACUCACAGCGCUCACUGUAGCUUCUACAGAACCCGGACCUUACAGGCGCUCAGUAACGAGAAGAAAGCCAAGAAGGUUCGUUUCUAUCGCAACGGGGACCGCUACUUCAAGGGGAUUGUAUACGCCGUGUCCUCCGACCGCUUCCGAAGUUUUGAUGCCCUCCUGGCGGACCUGACCCGCUCCCUGUCCGACAACAUCAACCUGCCUCAGGGCGUGCGCUACAUUUACACCAUCGAUGGCUCCAGGAAGAUCGGCAGCAUGGACGAGCUGGAGGAAGGCGAGAGUUAUGUCUGCUCGUCCGACAACUUCUUCAAGAAGGUGGAGUACACCAAGAACGUCAACCCCAACUGGUCUGUCAACGUGAAGACCUCUGCCAACCAGAAAGCACCUCAGUCCCUGGCCAGCAGCAACAGUGCCCAGGCCAAGGAGAACAAGGAUUUCGUGCGCCCCAAGCUGGUGACCAUCAUCCGCAGCGGGGUCAAGCCGCGCAAGGCCGUGCGUGUGCUCCUCAACAAGAAGACAGCCCACUCCUUCGAGCAGGUCCUCACUGACAUCACUGAAGCUAUCAAGCUGGAGACAGGGGUGGUCAAAAAGCUCUACACCUUGGAUGGGAAGCAGGUGACCUGUCUGCACGAUUUCUUUGGGGAUGAUGAUGUGUUCAUCGCCUGUGGCCCUGAGAAGUUCCGCUAUGCACAGGACGACUUUUCCCUGGACGAGAGCGAGUGCCGGGUGAUGAAGGGGAGCCCAGCAGGUGCCACGGGCAGCAAAUCCUCGCCCACCCCUCAGAAGAGCUCGGCCAAGAGCCCCGCGCCCAUGCGCCGCAGCAAGUCCCCGGCCGAUUCAGGUAACCACCAAGAUGCCAACGGGACCUCCAGCAGCCAGCUGUCCACCCCCAAGUCCAAGCAGUCGCCGAUCUCCACGCCCACCAGCCCCGGGAGCCUCCGCAAGCACAAGGACUUGUACCUGCCUCUGUCUUUGGAUGACUCGGAUUCCCUGGGAGACUCCAUGUAGAGCAAGAUGUCCAUGUUGCAUUUGGGAUACAGCAAAGUUCCUCUGCCACACAAGCAGAUCGGUGACUGGUGCUUUCAAGUCAAAGGACACGCAGUUAAAUGUCAUUUUUGUUCUGUGAUUUCUCCUCUCUGUGCCACAAACCAACACCUGCCAGUCUAUAGAGAUAGAGGGAUACCAUUCUUCUUAAGUCACAGGGGUGCAAAAUGGGCAUUGUGAGAAAUUUGGGGCCUCUGUGCCAAGGAUUCUGUGCAUUUCCCAUUUUCUUCUGUUGUUUCCUCUGCUGCUGCAACCAUGUGGUUUUCCUGGUGUUAGUAAAGUAGUUCCCCUGGAGGCGUGCAAAUGGAGCCCUUGCUGGGCAGUUUGCAGGUGACGUUCCCCACCUGUGCAAAGUGCCAGCUCACCUGCUCCUCAUUCACAGCCCCAGUUUUGGCACCUGCAUUCUAAAGAGUCUUGGUUUUAUUGCGGAGAGCAGGAAGGGAAUUUCUAGUUGGAUGCUUAAUAUGCCAGCAGAAGCUUGGAUGAGAUUAGGAACGAUUAUGUCAGAUGCUAAGUAAAGUUUGUACACUAAUUCAAAUUAUUCAAAUAUUGUUUGGGAUUUUUUUUUAAUAAUUAAGCAAAAAACCCCAUAAAUCAGCUGAGUUAUCUGGUGUAGAACAUCUUCCACAUGCAAUGCUGCUAGCUGGUAACAAAUAUUUAUACCUCCCCUAUGGUAUCUCUCUAUCUCUGUUUGUAACAGUAAUGCCUUGUGAACAGCCAACACUGAAAACACUGUGAGAAUUUGUUUUCAGGUUUGACACCCGAUAGGUCACUUUUUAUAGCAAAAAAAAUCAAUACACUUUUUAUAAAGGAAAACCUUUUAUCUGUGUUUUGGGAGUAAGGAUUCAAGCUCCUUCUUUUUUAUAAAAGCUGGUAAUUUUCUUUUGUUUAAAAAACACGUUCAGAAAAAAAAAAAGUACAAAAAAAAACCAACCACAACUGCAGAACAAUAAUAACAGCAACUCAGUUUAGAAAUCCUGUCAUCACUGCCAAAACAGACACGUGUAGGGGGGGAAAAACGGUCAAUUCAAAAUAUUGAAUGUUUUGAUAGUUUUUGUAAUGUUUAAGACUACGUAUUUGGUUUUUUACACUUCAGUAUUCCUAACUAUGGCCAGAUUCUCUACUUAUAUAACAAAUGAAGUUUUGUGGUGUUCUAAAAACCUGUAUUUUAAGAAACUCUUCUAUCUGAGAAAAAACAAACUCGCUGUAUUUAGAGAAGCUUUUGCUUUUUAUUAAUCAGUAAUGCCUCCUCCAGAAUGCAAAGUUCAUCUCCUCACGCAGGGCUGGUGGUUUUUACUGCGCCAAAGCUUCGUCCUAGGCCAGCUGCCACUGCCUCCCUCCCUCAUGGAACAAGCUUUGAUGAAACUGAUUCCUGCAGAACUUUACCUAAUUGAAAUCUGUGCAAUCAAGCCUUUCUUUGUUGCUCUAUUUGCUUUUUCCUAUUUUUUUUUUUCCCAACAUAGACACCUACUCCCUGUUGCCUUGCAGCCCCUUGUGGUUAGGAUGGAUUUCAUCCUCGUGAUGUUUGAUGCUCCAUGAAUGCUGGGUUGUUCCCAAAGCCACUCCACGUUUUGUUUGCUUGCAUUGCUGGGAUGAAAACAAUCUGUGCAGGCUGCAUCUUUCAAGGCUCGUGUGAUCAUACUUAUAAUGCAACUUUUUAAAAGAGAUUUAUCAGAGAGAGGCCAGGACUGGGAAUUGUCAAGGGGUCAGAGUUAUCAUGCACCAAAUUUGCACCCAGUAGUCUUAGUGCAUGAUCAUUUACAGCCAGAGUUUUGCACAAGGAGCCAUUUGUUCUCGCUGAUAGCUUCAUUUGAUUGAAUAACUCUCUGACUGCACAACUGCUAAAUGGUCAUUUUAAAUAUUGUAAAUAGAAUCUGGGGUUAGUUCACAGGCUAAGGGCUCAUUGAGGGUUUGUGGGGGGGAAGGAUGGUGCUGUGGACAAAGCUUGGGUGCAGCAGUCAGCACACCUCUAAGCCCUUGGCACUGCUGAAUUUUGUGACUGAAUGGGAGCAGGUCUCUGAGUAACCCUGUGCCUCAAUCUGUCUGUCUGUCCCUGCAGGGACAGCUCUGUUCUACCUCACUGGGGGUUGUGAGGCCAAAUGUUGGUUAACAUGUGUCAAGUGCUUUCAGAUCCUCUAACAGAAGGUGCUGAAAUAUUCUGGGUGCAGAUUUGGUUAUGGGUGCUAAUUUUUGGCUGUUUAAUCCUGUGAGUGCUACUGCAGAAGCUGGUCAUGAGCAAAAAGGACUUUUUUCAGCAUAAGGAUGUCAAAGGCCUUUGUUAUGCUAAUAACAAUAUUAUUCAUCAGAGCUUUUGUCUUAGGGAAAGCUUUAGUGGGACAGAUAACUUGACAUGCUCUUACCCUCUCCUCUGUUGUGCUGGUGGA